AUGGCGAGGGAGGAGUGCAAGGCGCUGCUGGACGCGCUCAACAAGGCGAUCGCCUGCUAUCACCACCUGGUGCUGACCGUUGGCAGUUCCGCUGACUCACAGAACCUACGUGAGGAGCUGCAAAAUACGCGCCAGAAGGCACAGGGGCUGGCGGUGGCUACCCGCGCCCGGCUGACGGCUGUUCUACGCGACCGGGACCUGGGCGCCGAAGAGCGCGCCGAGUUCGAGCGCCUCUGGGUGGCUUUCUCCGGCUGCCUGGAAUUGCUGGAGGUGGACAUGCAGCGAGCGCUGGCGCUGGGCGCUGCGUUCCCGCUAUACGUGCCGCGGCGGCCGCUAGUGCACACGGGCGUGGCGGCGCGCACCUUUAGCGCCCGCAGCCUGAGACACGAGGUGGACCGCGACUUCGAAGUGGCGGACCUGCGCGAGCUGGAGCACGAGAUCCUCCAGGUCCGCGAGAUGAUCAGUGAUAUGGAGAUGAAGGUCAACGUUCCCCGUUGGACUGUGCAGGCUCGGCAGGCGGCGGGAGCAGAGGUCCUGGCCAGCGCCGGCGCUUCCUCCGCCGGCGGCGUGUCGGUACCGGAGCACACCGGGCCCUGUGAUCCGAACAAGGCCCUGGCCGCCACCAUUUUCGGCGCUGUGCUGCUGGCGGCCGUGGCCCUGGCCGUGUGUGUGGCAAAGCUGAGCUGA